CCUGUAUCACCAUUUGUUAAAGUGAAAAUAUUUGGUGUUCGUUGUGAUCAAAAUGAACAAAAAACUUUAACUAUAUCAAAUAAUGGUCUCAAUCCAAUAUGGAAUCAUUUAAUGCAAUUUUCAAUUUGUAUUCCUGAAUUAUGUCUUCUUCGAUUUACAGUUAAAGAUAAUGAUAAAAGUAAUACAGAUCUUGGUCAAUAUUCGAUUCCAUUUCUUUCAAUGCAAUCUGGAUAUCGACAUAUUCGAUUACUUGAUAUUUACAAUAAUCCAACAACAGCAACAUUAUUUGUAAAUGUAAAAAUAAUCAAUACGGACAAUGCAACAUAA